UGAGCUUCAUCUCGUGAAGAAUAGAGCCCCGCGAGAUAAAUUCGCCCCGUUCAAAAUGAAGUCAAAAGAUUCUAAGUACUCUAAGAGCUUGUUCGUUCUUAACAGCCGAGAACUGCUGAAACGUGUUUAUCGUGAGGUUGUUUGUGAUCUCCUGAAGCAUAGUAUCUCUUCGUUCUUUGGACAGGAUUUGCAGUUUUGUUGAUCAAGUACCAUAAGGUCACUGGGGCUUUGGAGGAGCCUGACUUCAAAAGCGUGCAAAAAAGUACAUAUUUACUAGUACUUUUCUUAACUCUUGUACUGAAAGACUAAGGAUGGUGUGACUGUUAAGAGAUACUUAAAUGCUGUUUUAUACAGUGCCUUGACAAAGUUUAGUCUGUAUCUUAGUCUUGCAGUAGAACCUUACAGUGAAAAGUUGAGAAUAACUCAUAUAGAACUUAAGCAAAAGAACUCCAAAAGGAGCAAAAUUUUAGAUAAUUUGUCUUUAGUUGUGAUUUGAGAGCCAACGAUUGAAAUAUAAACGGAGAAAAUUACAGAAAGGCAGAAAAGUUAAAUAUGGUAUAGGCUUGUAACGUUGAAAGUUUUAACCCUCAUUCUUCCCAGCACAGUCACCCUGACUAGGACAGGGCUUGCUGUGUCACAACCAGUGUCACAUGGUUGCAGCACGUGUUAGCAGUUUGGGUUCCUCUAGACUAUGUGAAGAGCUAGUGAGGGAAAUUUGACAGCAUCAGAGCACAUCUUAAAAUCCUGUAUUUUAUUUUUUAAUAGGCUUUUUCUUACUGUGUCUUGGUUUUUGUUUCGUUUUAGCUGUGGAGUUGCCCUCUAUUUAUUGUUGCCUUGUUUGCACUUUAAAAAAAAAAAACUUUAAUGCAUUUCAUCUGGGGAAGCCACUGAUACAGAGGGAAUAUAAAAAUGUUGCAUUAGGGACUUAGGGGGUUGUUGGUCUGAGGUGUUGCGCAGUCUCUUGUCUUUCACUCCUACCUGUGUACUGAUCUGUAGUCUGUGCUAAGUGGCUGACAUAGUCAAAUUAUUAUUUCAGGAAUGUUUACAGAGCUAAAUUCACAUGCAGAAGAACUCCAUUAAAAAUAAUAGUCCUUUAAUUUUAAGAAGUUGCUGCCUUUGUUUUUCGUCACAGAGGCUCUGCUACUCUAAAAGUGUCAGUAGGGCAUUAAUUAGCUGUCAGUUAUACUGCCUGUCAGAAUUGAGUAAGGCUGAGUUUUGAGCAGUCUCUGGAAGCAUGGUGUGGGCAAGUUGCAGCUCCAGGACUGCCGGACUUUUCUUUCCUCUUUCCAAAUACCUGUCUGUGAUUUAUAAUGCGGAGUAUGAAUAAAAUCUUAAGCAGUAGUACUAAUGUUAGGUGUGGAAUUGCAGAAGCUUCAGCAUUACCACAAGUUUCAUCUUCGUUUCAGCCUGCGGCAUUGCUCUGGAGGUCGGGCAUAGGUCACAGCAACACAGCUGGGCUGUGUGGAGUCUUCACUGGGGGACAGCCCAGGUAGCCCAAGAGCUCUGCAUCCUGGAAGGUCUCUCCUCAAAGCUGAAUUUGCCAUAGGAAACCCUUUCUUCAGCAUGCUUUAGAGGGCUGUGAGUUGUAUGGGAGAAGGAUGUAGGAGGGAAGCUAUUAAAGGAUCAAAUAUCUCUAAACUCCCCUAGAGGUGGAAAGACAUUUUGCAGAUACUGUUCUGAAAAAAGCCCACAAAUGCAAAACAAAAAAAAACCAAAACCCCCCCAAAAAAAACAAACAAAAAACCAGAAAACACCCAAGCAACAACCUUUCCACCUAAACAAGGAGAAAAACUGGUUGUUUAUUUUUUUUCUAGUUUGUCAUGCUGCAUAUCACACUCUUCAUAAUACUAUGUCCUCUUGGGUUUUUUUGCCAAAAUCCAAGCUUUGUCCUUCAGCACACAGCAAAAGGAAGGUGGCUACAAAAGUAGUUCCUUUCAAGCAGACCUGGUGGUGAAGAAUGCACUCACUGGUGGCUUUCCUCCUCCUGCAUCACUGCUUUAAUCAUGUACAUCCAGCAGAUUUGCCUGUCCGUUUCUGGGAGCUUGUGCUCUGUGGAGGGCCUCUAGCAAGAUCAGCUUCGUGGCUUGAAAGGAAACUCCGUGAUGUGGAGUUUGACAGCUUCUGUCACCUGUCAAGCACUAGCUGACUGCCACUGCAGGUUGACUUCUCCUCCUGACAUGGCAUGUGCAGAACAGCUUUUGAGUCCUUCCUAGCAAACAGGGCUCUCUUCUUCCUGCAGGUUGUGUUUGCUUCAUAAGCAUCUACUUCAGAUGAAUUUGUGCUGGUUUUGUGCUCUUGAGCGGUGUGUGUAGUUGGAUGAAGUUUUUGUUUUGUACUCAAAGGAAUACUUACUUUUUGCAGCAGCUUCAAAAGUGUCUGUAUGACCUGGGCCAGACUUAAAAAUCACAAAAGUGGAAAAAAAUCCUGGCAGAACAGAUUGAAUAAAGCAACCAUAUGCAAGUUAAUUAGGAAUCAGACCUAUUUGUCAGUGUUUUGCACUUCAGCUGAAUUUGAUAUGAAAAAGGAGGAUCUGUGUUAAAGCUGUUGAACUAGCACAAGACCUUGGAGCAACCAGUAGGAAUAACAUGGAGUGGAAGAAGGAAAGAGUAGAAGAGAUCCUUGAAGUAUUUCCAGAAGCACUGUCUUUAGCUGGCUAUAGAUUUUCACUUUGAAUAACUAAGUGCCCUGUUCAUUGUUGACUGCUGGCAGAAAUGGAAGAAUGCAAAAGGCUCCCAAACCAUCUCCUUUGCUACUCCUACACUUACUAAGAAAAAUCUGCUAGAAGACAUUUCCUUUUUUACCUUCUGGUUUUUAGAAGGGGGACUCAAACAUUGUCCAAAAAAGAAAAGCUUCUUGUUUUAUAAAUGCAGCUAGAAAGUCAAAUGAAUUGGUCUCAGUUUGAUUUCAUUGGCUGCUUUUCCUCUUGUGCUUGUAUUUAAAUACUUGUUUUCCUCCGUUCAGGAAACCUCAAAGUGCAAAUGAACAAAUGUGGAAAUGACCUUUAGAAGGUUGUUCUCUAAAAUCAUUGAAUGGCUUUUCAGGUUUUUCUGGCAUGGUUUUUCUGAAGUCACUUUUUUUCAGGUUUUAUUUGCCUAAUUUCCCACAUGAUGGAAUGAAUCUAGUCUUGACCAGCAUGGAUAUGUAGACCUUUUCAAGAUGGUUAAGAACUGUGAUGAAGAACCAAGUGGAAUGACAAGAGGACACAUCCACUUCUGCUGACAUCCAAUCUGUAUGUUAGAAAGUAUGGUUUCCUGACAGAAGAGUGUAUUAUAGUUUUUAACAGCAGAUCUUUAUUAAAUAUGCCAUCAGUGGUGGUUUUGGAAAGAUGAGAAAGGACAUACUGUGGGGCAACUCAGUGAAGCUAAAAAUGUCUGCUAUUUCUGUUUGGUCUACCCCAGUCAGGAGAGCUUUUUUUGUGAUUUUUAAGCUUGGUGCUGUCAGCCCCAUGUGAACAAACCAGAACAAAAGCACGCUGGGUAUUAGAAAACAAAAUGCCACGGAAAAGGAAAACUGGUGGGAGUCCUUCUCAGAAGAAUGGCAAUUCUGACGGAACUGCUGCUGUUGCUGUAUCCCAAGGGGACCCAAGCCACUUAGUGGCACAAGCAGUGCAUUAUGUCAAUAAGGAAGAGCUCUUCAAUAACAUGUCAGAGAUGUUUUCUGACCUAGAUCCUAGUGUGGUUUAUAUGGUUCUGUCUGAAUGUGAUUUUAAAGUAGAAAAUGCUAUGGAUCAUCUUCUAGAGCUGUCCACCCACGCCAAAGGAGUAGCAUCUUCAAAAACCUUGGGUUUUGAUUUAGCAUCAUCAUCAUUACCUCUUGUAAAUCAGCAAAGAUCUGUUGCAAAUGAAAGAAUGGGGGAAAGUACUGCAGCACAUAGUAAUUCUGGAGCAGCAAUAGAAACUAUUCUGUCACCUGGUAUGCAGCUGACUGAAGAACUGAAUUCCUUAAUAGAAACUGCCUUUCAGAGUUACAGUUUGAGCAAUGAAUUGCCUAAUUCUGCAAAUGACCAAAUAGUACAUGAGCACCCUGUGGAACAUGAUGGUUUUACCGAAUUUCCUGAGUGGGAAAAAUCUGAUUCGGUUUGCAAUGUCCUACUUUUUCCACAGCAAGCAGAGACAAAUAAUGAGGUUUUAGAAAACUUCUGCUGUUCCCAGCUGCCAGUGAGGCAGCUGAGCAUCCAGACAAGCUCACCAUCUGCAUCAGACACUUUUGCACAGAUACUGGAAGAUCCUGAUUUGUUGGAAAUACAUGCUGAACAUGAUGUAGCUUCAGAAGUAUAUAAACAAUCAAAUGGAGAAAUAUCAUGUGAAAAUUCUGAUCAGACACAAGAUACUGUUCUAGAUCAAAGUAGUGUGACUGCUGCUUUUGGUGGGUCCUCCCAAAGAUCUAUGGAACUUGGAGUAGCUGUUACAGGAGAUUCUAAUUCAAGGUGCAUGGAGCAACACGAAGAUGCAGUGACUGCCUUUAGCAGCUACCAGACUGCUUCUCUUCCAGAGGCAUAUAUCUCUCCUGAAACAUCCAGUUUCAAAACACAAAAACCUGCAGAUACUCAGCAAACUCAGCAGGGUUAUAAAUUAAAUUUUUCUACACCAUCAGGUCAAUCUCAGCAACACUGGAAUCUCAUGGCUCCUGUGUUUUAUCCAUCCAGUGGAAGUCACAGCUUUGUAAUUCCUGUGGCUGCCAGUCCAGGGCAGUGGAGACCUAUUUCUGACUGUAGAACUUCGGAAAAAGGACUUUUUCUUUCCUCCCCAGUGGUUGCAAAUGCCGGGGAUGGCAACCCUUCUCUGAAGGUAUGGGGAAAUCAAGAUAGAAACUCAAAAUUGAGCCUCUCGCAAGCACAGCAACCACGUGUUUGUCACAUGAUGAGAAAAAAGAUGCAUCUUAUAGGUCAAGUACUUGUUCUUCUCAGAGGUGUUCCAGGAUCAGGAAAAUCAUAUUUGGCAAGGAAUUUGCUUGAGGAUAAUCCAGGUGGAAUCAUUCUCAGUACUGAUGAUUACUUUUACAAACAUGGACAAUACCAUUAUGAUCCUGAUUGCUUAGGGGAAGCACAUGACUGGAACAGGAAACGAGCCAAAGAAGCAUUUGAAAUGAGAAUCUCUCCUAUAAUAAUAGACAACACAAACAUACAAGCAUGGGAGAUGAAGCCUUAUGUUACUCUGGCUCAGCAGUUCAAAUACAAAGUAAUGUUCCGAGAACCAGACACAUGGUGGAAGUUCAAACCAAAAGAACUUGAAAGGAGAAACAUUCAUGGUGUGUCUAAAGAAAAGAUCAUAAGAAUGUUGGAACGGUAUGAGCGCUGCCUUACUGUUAGAACAAUAUUGGAUUCUUCAGUUCCAGACAAAUCAGAAGCUGCUGGUUGGAGUGAAGAUCCUUGUCAGGAGGAAAGCCAAAGAAAGAGAGAGGGACAUUCUGAUGUAAAGGAAGAAGAAUGUUUUGCUUCUGAGGUGGAGCCUUUUGAGUUAGCUGAAGUUGAUAAAACUUCUCCCAGUCCUUCUGUAACAUUAGAAAGUAGUUCUGAUCCUGAGCAUUUUCAGAAAGAGGAAAAAGAAAUGGAAAACAACUCAGUGGAACAUAAUUCUGAGAACAGCACUGUUCAAGAUGACUUGGAAGUUAAUUUAUCAGAUUGCAUCAAAAAAGAGCUGCCCUUGGAGAAGAAAGAAGAAAAGGGAUUAAAAACAGAAAAAAAUACUGAAACAGAAAUGGAUGAGGUUGAUGUGAUCCCAGUUGAAGAGACUGUGAACUUACACACAGGUGGAGCUGAGGAACACAGUGAUAACAACAUUCUCAAAGUUCAAACUGCAGUUGAACAGUCGGGCGAAAUAUGUAUGGAACCAGAACCAACACAAACUACUAACACAGUGGAACCAAGCAGUUUGGCUUUUGACACAUCAGGAAAACCAGAACUACUAAACUUCCUGGGUGACUGGCCUGUGGAACAAACAAUGGGACAGAGAGUCAAAAGAUCUAGAAGACUAGAAAAAUCUCCUCUGAAGAGUGAUAAGGGAGGUGAAACUCCCAGUCAGCAGCAUUCUGAGAUAGGUAAAGAGCAAGUAAGCCUCCCUAGGACAUGUACUGUUGAGAAAGGACAUGAGGAAGAAAAUCCGCCCUAUAGCUGUGACUCUGUUAGUUCAGAUAAAGUUACACCAGAAUUGCAAAUGUUAGGACAUUGGCCUGUCUCAGCCUCAUUAGAACAGAGACAACAAAGGUCAAGGAGAAUGAGAAAGACACAUUUAAAUCAGUCUGAUGAAGAUAGAAAUACUGAAGGUGACAUUAAUAUGAAUGCUCUUGAAACUGUUCAUGUGAUUCAUGGGUCACCUGUGAACACUGAAGAGCAACAAGAUACAAGGAGUUUGCCUAUGCACCAAGAGGAAAGAGUAGCUAGUGAAACAGUAAGUGAGGAAAAAACCCAGGAAAGUAAGAGAACAAGGAAACAUCACAAAUUAGCCCUCACUUUUACAAACAGCAGCUUGCCACAUCCCAGAGAAGAGGACCACUUGUCUAAACUUGAUGCGGCAGAAGAAAAACAGGACACAAACUUACAUAGGCAAAAAAGUAGCCAUUCACAGACUGAAUCACAGGACUUUGCUCUCCUGUGGAGAUUAGAAAAUAAAAUGCUUUUUCCUGAGACAGCAAAAGUGUUGCAUGGCAGGCUAGAUGGUUUCAAACCCAAAGACAUAGAUAAUGCCUCAGAUUCCCAGGAAAAAAUACCCUAUCGAGUUACGUAUGAUAAAAGUACAUUCGUGGAGGAAAGUGAGCUUAUCAAUAUUGAUGAGUCUGAAGAACUAGAUACGCUCUGUAAGCUCUUUGAGUCUGUUUCAUUUGAAGCUCUGAAAGAUCUGUAUGAAAGAUGUAACAAAGACAUAGACUGGGCCACAGGUCUGCUGUUAGACUCUGAUGAAAAGUUACGUAAAGCUGUUGAUACUGAAUGCUUUCAGGUAAGGGAAGCUGAGCCAGUGGUUGCAGACCUUGAUUUCAAGGCAGGUACAAAUGAUGAUGAGAAUCUCAAAGACUGCAAGCAAACCCCACAAGUACUUGGGACUGGUGAUAGCUUUGAAGUUUCAGAAGGCAAGAACUCAUCACUCAGCACUGCAGAAAGUAGGGCUACCAAGACAACUGUGACAAGUGCUGGUGCAUCUGACUCAUUCACUGCAACCUCAUUGGAUAAUUCAGCGGAACUGAAAAAUUCUGUGGAUUCAGCCCCUAGAACUGACACGAGCAACUCAGCAGCAGGUGUCAUUGAGCUGUCCAUUUCAGGAAAGCAAAAGGGAGAGAGUGAGAGUCCUCUUGAAAAUAAGCCAUCACUUUCACAACUUGAUGCAGGUUUGCCUCUUGAUCCUAACACAACUUCUACCAAUUUAAAAUUUGAAUUAAAUAAUGAAAGUGACAAUAACCCUUCAGAAAGCAAUGCAGAAAAUUCCAAAGGGACUGGUUUGUUACUGGAAAUGGAUUGUGCACCUCUGGUUGGUCCUAAAAGCAAUAAAGAACUGGAGACUGAUAAAGAAACUCAGGAGAGUUCCAGGGAGAUAUGUGAUAAAGAAGAAAUUGAAACUCCAAGUUGGGCUGCAACUAAAGCCAAGAGACAAAGCCCUAUACCAGCAUCACAUGCAGCCUUAAGUAUAGAUUGCCUAGAACUAACACUGCCUCCUGAACUGGCACUCCAGCUGAAAGAGAUAUUUGGACCUGUUGGCAUUGAUGCAGGAUCACUAACUGUUGAGGAUUGUGUGGUUCAUAUUGAUCUGAAUUUGGCAAAAGUGAUUCAUGAAAAAUGGAAAGAAUCUAUUCUGAAGCGUCAGAGGAGAGAUGAAUCAUGUAAGUUGUCUGCAGAAGUGAUUCAGCAGAUAGAUACAGAUGACUCAGAAGCGCUGUUAUCUCAGAAUGCAGACAGUAAAAUACAGAAGAAAAAAACGAGCUGGGCUGCAGACACAUCUGAUGAUAUACAGACGAAAACCCCAGCAGCAUCAGACGUUUUUCCAUUUAUGGAUCAUUGGAAUGCUCAGAUUCAGAAAGUUUCUCUCAGGCAAAUAAUUUCUGAAGAAAUGGCGAUGCAGGAGAGACAGGACCUGAAUCGUGUUCCUUCUACAGCUAGAAAAGACUGUGCUGCUAAACUAAAGGAAAAGCAACUUUUUGAGAUGUUUCCAACUAUUAAUCAAAAUUUCUUAAUGGAUGUCUUCAGGGACAACAACUACUCUUUAGAACAAACUGAACAGUUUCUGAACUGCGUUCUGGAGGCAGAUCCUGUAAAAACAGUUAUAGCUCAAGAAAAUGUUCAGCAAAAUGAAAUUGUUUCUUCCAACAAUGCUGCAAAGAACCGUGAGAAGAAGGCAAAAAAAAGUAAGGAAGAGGAUGAGCCUUUAAAUGAAAUGUUUCAAGACUUUGAGUAUCCACAAUAUGAUGAUUUAAGAGCAGAAGCUUUUUGUCACCAGCAAAAGAGACAGGAAUGUUUGAAGAAGGCUGGGGAGGCCUAUCGCAUGGGUAUGAAGCCUGUGGCAGCAUUUUAUGCGCAUCAGGGUCGGCUUCAUGAGCAGAAGAUGAAAGAAGCCAACCAUGCUGCUGCUGUGCAAAUUUUUGAGAGAAUAAAUACUUCCUUGCUGCCUAUGAAUGUGCUGGAUUUGCAUGGUCUCCACGUGGAUGAAGCUGUGAAUCAGUUGUCCAGAGUGCUGCAGGAAAAAAGUGAAGAGUACCAGCAGACUGGUGGUAAACCCUAUCUCAGUGUUAUCACGGGAAGAGGAAGCCAUAGUCAGGGAGGAGUCGCUCGCAUCAGACCAGCAGCUAUCAGAUACCUCACAAGCCACAACUUCAGGUUCACAGAAAUAAAACCAGGCUGCUUGAAAGUCAUGCUGAAUUGAGGAGUUGUGGAAAGAGGAAUAUAGAAACUGAGGUGUCAGAUGACUGCCAGAUAACAGAAAAUCCCCACGUUUUGAACAACUGCACUGGUAUUUUGUAAUCUGUUUUAAAGGAUGCUAUUUUAUUAGAAGUAGUCUCAAUUUACAGCAAGUGGUUUUGUCAGUACGUUUCCAAUAAAUUUUUGUGUGGAAUAGAUCCUUUUUUGAACCUGCAAAAGGAAGACACUUGAAAGGAUUUGAAGUCUCAGAAAUGCAGAUUAAGAAUUUCGCUGAGAAAUACUGAUGUUUUUAAGGGAAGUUAGGGUACAGUUUUUAGUAUAACUGUCUUCUUAGCAUACCCAAUCUGUCUUCUGACCUUCACACAUUUUGACUGCUGUGGCUUCUGUAUUUUUAAAACAUAUAACUUGUACAAAGUUAUUUUGUAAGUCAGAACUUCGUGCUAAACCCUUCAGAAGAGCAAAGGAGACGUUGAAACUGGGCAACAUCUGAGUGCUGAGUAUUUGCAGGUUUCUUCAAAAGUCUGGUGUCUUUUUAGUGGUUAUGUUAUGAUAGGUUGACCAGUUCUAUUAUCCUUACUCCAUUCUAAACUUCUCCAGACAUUGAAGGAAGGUGCAUGUAAGGCCUGUGCAUUAGGGCCAGCUGUGUGUUUGGUAAUUUGGCAGAUUAAGUGUGAUCAGUUAAAGGGAAAGGCACAAUACUGUAGUUCAGUCUCUUGGAGAUCCACCUACUGGAUUAAAAUAGUUGCUUACUUUGUGGCUUUUUAAAUGCAGCAAAUGCAGUACCGUUUCACUUUACAAAUGUCUAAUAGUGAUGUUUUCAUUCUCUGUGUAUUGUUUGGUGAUUUCCUUGUAGAAAAUACGAUCAUGAGACAUUUCUAAUGUAUUUUUAAUAUCAAAGUGAAUGCUAAUAUUGCCGUAGUAAUUUCCUAACUGGACAAUCUGGGAGUACAAAAGUUACUCUGAUUUUGGUGGUGUUGCAUCGCCAUCUAGAAAUAUCUGUGUAAAAAACCAAAACAACACUAAAAAAACCCCAAACAAAACCCUUCAAAAACGAAAUAUAAACAUCUGUAUUUAGGCAAGUGUUUCCAGUAAACAAUCAGAACACAUUUUUAAUAGAAAUUAUCUUCUAGAAUGCAUUGCUAUUUUUAUUUACAUCUUUGCCUCCUGAAAGGCAUAUGAAUUUUUGUUGUAAGACUUUUUCAGAACAGGUGUGAGUUGUGUAUUAGGAAUAAUAUUAAUAGAUUAAGGAUUAAUGUGAGAAGUUUUUUAAUUUUUAACCACUUUUCAGUAAAUUUAAUCCAGGAACUACAUGCACAUAGAGUUUGUUUAUGAAUCCAUAUGUGUGUGCAAGUUCUGCAAUUUGUAUGCAUGAAUACUAAUAAACAAAGAACUUCUGUGAGAAAAGCUGUCCACAGAAAUAGGUUUCACAUGAAAAUGUGUCCGUAUAAGUUGCUGACAAGCUGAAAGACAUGAUGUUUCCUGAAUGUAUCUGUAUUUACUCUUAAUACAUAUACAGUGACUAUGAUGCAUGGUAGACUUAAAAAUGAGUUUGUCAUGCUUCAACAGAUACAACAAUCAUUUCCUGAUGAUUUCAAGUGGAAGAAUAGCUUGAAUAAUACUUAAUCAAAGGGACUCUUCCUAUAAUAAUAGACUGCCAUAAUAAGUUUUAUAUUUUUAAAUAGUUAGCUCAUCUGAAUUGUGUCCUUUCUCUGUUUCCUUCUCUCUGCGCUGCUCUGGUAACCACUGGGUGAAAUACAAAAGGUCUGUGGUCCCCAAACAGCACUAGCAGAGCUGUUUCUGCUACUGCAUGAUGUCCUUUGUGGUGAAGCCCACACUCCAUCCUCUGUGACAGUGCCCACAGUGGGCCGAGAUGCCAUUUAGGCACUUGACCUCAAGACAGUAGUUCAGACUAUCAGCUGUACAGGGUUGCAAAUGCUAGAAUUGUCUCAGCGGAGCCAAGAUCUUUGUUUUGGACCAGGGAACUUCCUUCUGCUCCUGAACAGGUUUUCCUUAGUGCUGCUGUUUAUAACAAAUGGAGUUACAGCUCUCUGGGACAGCUCUUUGCAGUAUCAUCCCUGUUGGUUGGCGUGAGUGGCUGUUGUGUAUUGAGCUGCUUGGGUGCCCAAGCCCUACAGAGAUGUGCCUGUAAACAAGGAAGUGCCAACACUUCUGGUUGUUUUGGGAGGCAGCCUGAUUCACUCAGCAUAUUCACACCAUUCCCAACAUGGACAAAGACAGCUUAUGUUUUAGUUCAAAAGACAAGCAGAAAAAGUUGUCGCCUUGCCCAUCUGUUCAUCAUAAUCUAGUUGACAGCUUUACCCUGGAGAUAUGAAACACAGCUUUUUGCCUUCUUCUGGCUUAGCAAGUGGAUGAUGUUGAUGAUGGCACUUGACUCUCACUUCCCCAGAAAAUGCUCUGACCAAUGUGCACAGGAGUAUUUUUGAAGUCGCCACUUCCUCAGCCUCUGUCAAAAUUACCACUGCAAGAUAAAAGUGCAAGCUUAAAGGGACAAAAGAGAUUAAAGAAUUCAAAAUGCAUAAACAGUCUCUGGAAGUAGGCUAGGACUUUUCAGAAAGGAGCUGUUCCUGGUGAGCUUCAGUGUCCUUCUGUAUUAUUUUUUCAUCUCUUAGUCCUGUUUGGAUAAAUACAUUAAAAAUGUUCAGGGUAAAAUUGGCUCUACCCAGUGCUAGGAGAAUUUGCUUCACUCUGUCAAAGUCAGCAGAGAAAUACACAGCUCAAGAGCAGUUUGGAAUACUUUUCUCUCUUCUCCUUUUCAUUCACCUUUGGGGUACAGGUUGAAGUUCACAAACACAGUCUGAAUACCCUGCCUGGUAUAGAUUGGUCAUUCACCUAGCAUACAUUGUUUGACUACCAGCUGAACUUUGAUGGCGAUGGUGGCUUAAAAUCAUAACGCUGGCAGAACCAAUCUUGCCUCUAUUGAAAAUAGUGACAGAGCCUCUAUCAGUUUCAGCAACUCAAAAUGAGGCAUUGCAGUUCCAACUCAGAAAAAAUAGAAUGAUCCUCUGAAGGAUCUCAAGCAUGUGCUUAAAAGCUGUGCUGAGCUGGAUACAGAAUAGAUCAGAAGAUCAGUGCACAGAGUGGAAAUAAGUAGAGUUUUAUUAGUAAGGAUCUUCAUGCCUUCAGCUACUUGCCAGUAUUCCAGAAAAACAACACUGGAGUUCUUGUAUUUCUCUGACUGGUUUUAUAAUGUAUUCUGGGAUUAAUUCUUUGAAAUAUAAUUACUUCAAAAUGGUAUUUCGAGGUAGGUUACAUUUUAGAAGUUCCAGCCUUCUGAUGUCUCUUGCAGUUACAUUGGUGAGAAUCCAUGAGAAUCUUGAGGUAUCGUGUAAAUUCUGUAUUUUAAGAUACUUAAAAUAGCAGUAUUGCCACCAGCACUCUGAAAUAAUGUGCAACUCUUAAAAUACCUAUUUUGUGUACCACUUUCUAUUCUAUACUAUUCUAUUCUAUUCUAUUCUAUUCUUCAACAGCAUGUGAUUGUGACAAAUGGUAGCCUUUAAUAUGUGACUUUUGGUGUCUUCUUUUACAAAACAUUUUAAUAGUUAUCCCAGGUUUUAAUUUAGGAGAAUUAUCAUUUUUUAAUGUACAAAAUUAAUGCUUGUGUAACAUCGAUGAGUGAUCUUAGAGUAAAAAAAAGGCCAGAGGUGCAAUGAAGAAAGUUGUCUGAAGUAAUGUGACUGCUGAAAAGCAUUUCAGUUGAUUGUGAAAGUAGUAGGGCAAAAAUGUUAUUUUCAAAAAUAUUUCAGGAUACCUUAACAAUAGCUUAAUGACUUUGGCUUUUGCUUUUAAUAUCAUGUGGUACAUCCCCCCUCAAAACCCAACCAAAGGCCAACUGUUCAUGCUAUUUCAGCUAAAUAAACUGCAGAGGAUUAAAUUACUAUAUGUGAAUAUGCAUGUGAAAAAACCUAGUAUUGCAGCUACCAAUUGUAAAAGCUGUUAGGACCAGUACAUUGGAAGAUACAAAUUUCUAUUUUUAAAUUAAAAUUUAAAAAUGAUUUUUUAUUUGUAUAAAGUUGUACUUUUGCUGUUAACUAUAAUUUUGUUUUUUACUGAAACAGUUUUGUAAUUUGCAUUUAGAAUUUCUAAUGUGAAAAGGAAUUUACAAAAUCUAGUUUAAUAAAAGACUUUUGCCACAA